GAACGAGACUUUCACGCAUCCAAUCAGGAGAGCGAAGCGCGGACGCGGAAGUGACCGUCUGGGUAGCUGCCGCCGCACUAGUAAUGAAUCAGUGAUGCUGCAGCUAUAGUGCAUCUAGAGGCCGGCGGCGCCGUGAGCUCUGCAACACUGUGCGGUUCAGCGUGUAAGGUGACCAGCCUCCCAUUAUGGGAAUCAGAGCAGCUGCCGUGUCCUUUCACCUGGCCACAUGGCUGCUCUUCGUGCUCUGCGCUUCUUCUCCAGCUGCAAAGAACUCCUGUGAUACCUGCAGACAGGUGGUGGACAGGUUCCACAAGGGCUUAGAAGAUACAUCAAGAAAAAAUUUUGGAGGUGGAAAUACGGCUUGGGAAGAGAAAACAUUAUCAAAAUAUGAAACUAGUGAAAUACGCCUUGUGGAGAUUAUUGAAAAUCUGUGUGAUAGCAGUGAUUUUGCGUGCAACGUCAUGGUAGAAGAACAUGAAGAACAAAUUGAGAAAUGGUGGUUUAAAAUGAAGAAAAAUGGUGAUUUAUUGAAAUGGUUUUGCAUUGAAACUAUUGAAGUCUGCUGCCCUCCUGGAAUGUAUGGACCUGACUGCCUAGCUUGCCUAGGUGGAUCAGAGCGGCCCUGUCACGGGAAUGGUUUUUGUAGUGGUGAUGGCACCAGAGGCGGAGAUGGCUCUUGCAGCUGCCAUGCAGGGUAUACUGGACCAUUUUGUCUUGAAUGUGCAGAUGGACACUACAGUUCUGAGAAAAAUGACUCCCACGCGGUUUGUACUGUGUGCCAUACAGCCUGUGAAACUUGUACUGGGCCAUCUAAUAAGGACUGUAAAGCAUGUAAGGAUGGCUGGGUGAAAGAAGAUGGAAGCUGUGUAGACCACGAUGAAUGUGCAGCUGAAAAAUCUCCUUGUAAAGAGGACCAAUAUUGCUCAAAUACAGAAGGAUCUUUUUCAUGUAAAAAAUGUGAUGAAAGCUGCUCUGGAUGCUCUGGUGAGGGUGCAGAUAAAUGUACAGACUGCACAGCUGGGUAUGUGCUACAAGAUGACAAAUGUACAGAUAUUAAUGAGUGUGAGAAUUCAGAGAAUGUGUGUACAUCUGAAAAUGAGGAUUGUUUGAACACACGUGGUAGCUAUAAAUGUGUUUGUGCUGAAGGGUUUGAAGAGAAGGAUGGAAAUUGUGUAGAGAGUUUAAAAACAGACGAUGAAGAAAAGAACAUUACAACUAGUACAGUAAAAGAUUCCAUGGAUGUUCACGAGGACCUCUGAUCUACAUCAAUUUAUUAAAUAUUUUAAGUUAUUGAACUCCAGACUCUACACUCAAGAUACUGUGGACACUUUGUUAUAUGAAUAACAGGUUUAUCAACCUGCUGUACAAUCCCUUUUAUCUGGUAUUCAGAUUGGACUUGCCCUAAACACUGCACACAUUAAUCUUGGUUAUAAACUAGAUUUGUCUUAUAUUUUAAUAUAAUACUUUCUAAUAAACAUUCAUUAUAUGAAAA